CCAAGCUCUUUGUUAGCCACCUUUUUAUUGUUGAACAUUUGCAAAACAUAACAAAUAUACAAUCCAGAGCUUGUAAAGACGUCUUUCCUGCAACUGAUUCAGCUCACAACUUUUUCAGCCUCUGGUUCCUGUGAUGAAAUCAGUGAAACAAGACAGCAGCAGGAUAAAGUAGAAUCAGGAAUUAAAACUGCACAAGUCUGCACGCUAUUUCAGUCCCACAGUCUGCAAACUAUGUCAAAGAGGAGGAAGAAACCUUACCCAGUUUAAAUGAAAGAUAUGAGUGGUUGAUUACUGGUUGCUAUUCAUUCAUUAAACAAGAAUAUUCUGUCUUCAUAAUUCAACAUAUUAAUGAUUUUGUGUUCCCAUAUUAUGACAGUUAUUUCAUUGCUACAUGAAAUAGUCCGUGUGGCUUUAGCUCCAGGGACAUAUUCUGUUAUCGUACGAGCAUACCAGCUGCUCAGUGUAACACAUACAUAAUUAAAAGUAGCAGUAGUUUAGUGUGAUACAACGCUGCAGUUCCACCACCACAGUUUUGAAAUAAUUGUGCCCUAAUACCUUAUUGAUGUGACAAGGCUGACGGGCUUUAGCAUGCAUUAGUUUUCCACACUUCAGCCAUACUGAACCUUAUGCCUACAUAUUUUUUCUUUUUGUAACAGAGCCUUCUGAGAAAGCAGUUGAGAAAGUAAUGCUGUGCUAUCUCAUUUGGAGUGAGAGCCCCCUGAAGAGACAUACGCUGAGUAUUACCAGGAGCGCAUGACUCAAUGCCCUCUAGAUCUCUUCAAAAAAGAAAGGGGAGAAAAUUCAAACAACUAUUGCACAGAUUUCAGUAAACAUUGCAAAAGAAAAGUAGCCAGGAAAAACAACAGUAUAGGUUCCUCUGCCCUUGUCAAAGGACAGUCAUAGCUGAGUGCGGGUACAAGCAAAGUUAGAACCACCUAUGUACCAAACAGUUUUGAUCCUGAGUAUUUUUCCUUAAAACGUCCAUCUGUGAAUCCCUCCAACUCCACUACUUAUUGCAAUACCAACUGUAGGUACCAACGUUUUUGAAUGGUCAUUAGCAUUUUAAGUUUCAGGUCAGUGCAACUGGAGGUCAGUGUAACUGCAUCUAACUAUGGUGUUUCAUCGUUGCCAGGCUUCUGGGCCCAGCUGGGAUCUGGAAAUGCAGCAAAACAGCUUUUUUUGUACUUCCAAAAGGCCUCAGGUAUUUUGUGAUGCUAAUCAAGUAGUACAAGCCACAGAUGUGCUGGAUUGGGAAGACAAAGAUGCUGCAGAAACGUUGGUCGACAACGUGGUCCAUUCCAGGAUCAUCAAUCCUUUACGCCUAUUUGUUAAGCCAUCUCCAGUACUGAAACACGGCCAGGUGUCCUACUCAGACAGCAUAGAAAACUUUUGGGAUUGGUUGUCGAACAUCACGGAGGUUCAGGAAUCUCUUGCACGAACUAAACGCAGGCCAAUAGUGAAAACUGGGAAAUUCAAGAAAAUGUUUGGAUGGGGCGACUUCCACUCUAACAUCAAAACUGUUAAACUGAACCUCUUGAUCACAGGGAAAAUCGUUGAUCAUGGCAACGGAACCUUCAGUGUUUAUUUCCGACAUAACUCGACGGGUCUUGGAAAUGUUUCUGUAAGCCUGGUGCCACCUUCCAAAGUGGUUGAAUUUGAAUCAUCUCCACAGUCAACACUGGAGACCAAGGAAUCCAAGGCCUUCAACUGUCGAAUUGAGUAUGAAAAAACAGACCGCGCUAAAAAAACUGCAUUGUGCAAUUUUGACCCUUCCAAGAUCUGCUAUCAAGAGCAGACUCAAAGCCAUGUCUCCUGGUUGUGUUCUAAACCAUUUAAAGUUAUCUGCAUUUACAUUGCCUUUUACAGCGUAGAUUACAAACUGGUGCAAAAGGUCUGUCCUGAUUAUAAUUACCAUAGUGAGACUCCAUACUUGUCCUCUGGCUGAAACAAUGGAUAUUCUGAGUAACUGUAGAAAUACAUCAUCAGUCAUAAAAAUAAGUAUUUCCGUUAACCUUUUGGAGAGGAAUAUCUUUUCCUAGCAGGUUAAAAAGUCUUUAAAAACUGUAGCUGUGUUUGUGCUGUAUCGUAAAUAAUCAAACUGUUUAUGUAACAAACAUUUUCAUUUAAGACCAUUGCAUUUUAGCUCUCUCAUCAUUAGUAAGGGAACUACCAGGCAGACACGUGAAUAAAAUCAAACAAAAUUAUGCACAUAAUGAACAUUAAUAAAGAACUGAUUUUCAAGAUCAAAGUAGACUUGAUUGCAGAGAGGUUACUGUCUUUUACUGAUUUGGACAACACUUAGCAGGAAGUGAUCCCAUUUCUUACUGGAAGCUAUAGAAGCUGAUGAUAAAAAGAACAAAUGAUAAAUUAAGACGACUGCCGGCUGCUUAUAUACAAAAUCCAAAUAAACAGCUCUCCCACUAAUUUCAUAAGGAAUGUCACACACAGAGGGCUCAAAUAAUCUAAUCCAAAUAUUAAAAGAAAGUGCUAUUUCUAUGAAAGAAAGGAAAGGAAAUUGCAUUUCUAUGAGUUGUAGUAGUUAUACGUAUUCAUUGACGUGGAAGAGUGAGUAGUUCUUCCUUCAGGAUUCUUACCUGUCGAUAUGCAGUGAAGUAAUUAGACACUGAUGUGCUUUAGUUUAUUAGACACAAAGUACAGUUUGGUGUACGUUUCUGCCUUCUGUGGUCAUCGUUAUUUUUAAUUAUUCUCAAGUAUUUACAUAUAUACCAGUACUAUUCUCACAGCAAUAGAGAGUUUAUGUACCUUGUAAAAAGAUAAUCUCUGUUUAAGCCUGAAAACGGUAACAGAGGCUGGCUUCCAUUCAAAGGAAGCAAUUAUCUUAUCUCGCUAUCUUAGCCCUCUGAGCACUAUGCUAUAGCAUAGGAAAGUACAUCGCAGUAAAAGGCUAACCCCUGAAUAAUAGAAGCUUUCUGCAUAAUGACACCCAGUUGUCCUCCUUAGGAUGGUAUUGCAUAUUUAAAGUCAAUAUAUAAGCACUGAAAAAUAAAGAGGAUAACAACAACAACAAAAAAAUCUAUGCAUCUUCACUUCAUAAAACAGAUUUCAAACCACUGCUAUCAAUCUAAAAAUAUUCACCCACACUUUCAGCUAGUACAAAAUAGCAUUGCUCCAAUUGUAACAACUGAGGGUCUGGACAUGGUUUUGCUUCUUUAGGACAGACAUUGCUC